AGUGAACAGGAAAUAACUCCUCCGGUGGGUCCCGCACAGUGAAGGAAAUUCACUCCGUUACAGCCCAACAAAAGGAGAAGAAAACCUUCGCCUCUCGUAGGAUUCAAGAACGUCCGUCUCAGUGAUUAUAUCACUCUCCCAAUAAGAAAAAAGGAAGCGAAGGAAAGAGAGUCUCUCUCUCUCUCUCUCUCUCUCUCUCACUCAGACUAAAAGCGUUUCAUCUUCUCUCUCUUCUCAUACCGAACCAAACCAGAACAGAAAAUGGAGAUUUUGGACACGGCGGCGGAAGCGUGUUUCAUGGUUGACGACGACCUCCUCGACUUUACUCUUGAAGAAGGUGAAGGUGAGGAAGAAGAGGAGCCCACCAUUUCCAAGAGAGCCUCCGCUUCUUCUUCCUCCUUGGAAUCAUCCAACCCGGCGGCGACGGCGUUUCGCCUCGAUGCCCGGAGCAGUUCAUUUUCUGAGUUUGUGGAGGAGGAGCUCGAAUGGCUGUCGAACAAGGACGCGUUCCCGGCUGUAGAGACUUGCUUUGGCAUUUUAUCAGACAAUCCUGAACUUAUCUUGAACCAGCACAGCCCGGUGUCCGUGCUUGAGAAAAGCAGUAGCAGCAGCAACAGCAAUACAAAUAGCAACGGCAGUGCCGUUGCGAGCUGCUGCGACAGCUUCAAAGUCCCGACGAACUAUCCGGUUCGUGCCAGGAGCAAGAGAAGAAGAAGAAGAAGGGCCGGGUUUGGUGACUUGGUGAGCCAGCAUUGCUUGUGGUCCAACAAAGUCAGUGUUAAGAACAAACAAGAACCAUCGUUUGCAUUGCCACCUUUGCCAAUGUUAGCAAACGGUGGAGCUGGUUUGGGGAGAAGGUGCUUGCACUGCCAAGCCGACAAGACCCCACAGUGGCGGGCAGGGCCUAUGGGACCAAAAACACUCUGCAAUGCUUGUGGGGUGAGGUACAAGUCAGGCCGGCUUCUGCCAGAGUAUCGGCCUGCAAGUAGCCCAACAUUCUCAAGCACGUUGCACUCGAAUUCUCAUAGAAAGGUGAUCGAGAUGAGAAAGCAGAAGCAGAUACCGAUGGGAGAUGGAAUCACGGUGAAUGUGGCUUGUAAAUAUAGGGUAGGAUAGUGGUGAUUGGUGAGUAGUUAGUUCCCUACAGUGUUGCUCUCUUGAUUUUUUCUUAGAUCAGUUAGUUUAGGAUUUAGCAUUUCUUUUUCUGUCUAUGAAAUUUGUUUAGGGCUUGUUGUAAUGGACUAGAUGGUUAGUGAGGCCAUAUUUUCUUCCUUUUUUUUAAAAAAAAAAUCAAAAUCCAUUAGGGAAUUUUGACGUUGCCUUUGGCUGUGAAUUAGAAUAGACAAUCUGGGAAAAAUGUUUAUUUCCUUUCACUUUUAAGGAUUCGAAGCAAAGGAGCUAUAGGAACUUAAAAAUUGUGGUUUCUGGUGAUAUUUCAAUCAACUACUUUUGUUUGUACA